UGUGGGCAUUUGUCACUUCGCGAGUGUCAGUAUCUUGAGAAAAGGGCAAAUUUUCCCUAAUAACCGUGAAAAUUCCCUCAAAUUUCCACAUUCUGCGUGUUGUGGAGUGACUAGUGGUGUGAUUAAUGCAAGUGGUUAGUUCCUCAGGACAAUUCCAGAUUGACCCUCGGACCUAACAUCCUUUGCUAAUCAUGCCUGCACCGCAAUUGCCACUAAUUGAGUGAUUGAGGCACUGAGAGUUCACUAGUUCGGCACGCGGGUGGGUGGAAAAUGCCCCAGGUCCCGGGUGUUCAGCAUGCACCGCCCGGCCUGCCGGAGUGCACUGAUGCACGGACGCGGUCGUGGAGCUAUCUUCAGCAGCUUCACGGAGACGCCAGCCAUCUGCCGAGCACUGUUGAUGUGAACGCACUAAAGUCCGGCCCUCCGGACAUCACAAGCAAGAGCAUGGAGUCCAGCAGCUCAUCCACAGAUUCAGAUGGCACGAGCAGCAGCACUGAAAGUGACUCGAGCACGGCGUCGGAGAAUCCGAAGCGCCGCAAAUCACCCACACAGGCGCCUCAAUUCAGCGUGACGAGCUCCGACAAGAGUGGGCUAAAGAUGAAAAUAGCAGCCAUUCCGAGGGGUGUUAGUCAGAAGGCGCUCAAUAACAAUUCAUCACCGCUGAGGAAGGCGAAUGAUAAGAAGAAGGUGAAGAGCACAAAGGCCGGCGGGGCCACCACGUCGAAGAAGAGCACCACUGACGCCUCGAGUAGCAGUUCGUGCUGUUCAGCAUGCAAUGGCAGUGAGAGUGACUCAAGCUCCGAUGAGAAUACGAAUGCCAAGCAGCAGAAGUUGCCUAAGAAGCAGAAAAAGCUGAGAAGAAAGAAGGCAAAUCGGAGUGCAUCGACGAGCAGUGGUGGACGAACAGACUCAAGUGAUUCAGAAUCAAGUGAUGAAGUUCUGCAGGAAAUCAAUCCGGAGGAUUUGGCGGCUAUUCUACCCACUGAAAGUUUCAAUGAAUUCGAUAAUCCAGCGACUUCCGGAGCGUCUGCACCAACACAGACAUCAUCCACCACGCAAGCGGCAAAUGCAUCGAGAUUUGGCCAAGUGAAGAUAGCUUCGAGUGUGCCAUCGUCACUCACGGAUGCGUGUGCUGAUGGUGGCUCGUCGAGUGACAUGGAAUUGCCGGCUAUUGUGAAUGCAGCUAUACAGUUGGUGGAGAAUUGCUCAGACAGUGAGGCGAGCGGGAGACCGUCAGCUCCUCCGGUGACAUACAAUUCACCGCUGCUGCUGGAUUUCAUGGUGAAGACGCAGAUGCUGGGAAAGACAAGCUCAUCGCUGGCGGAAGAGACUUCACUGCCUCAAGGUCCCAGUGGAUCUGGUGAUAAGGGAAGUGCUGGGAAGCUGGAGAGUGAAUCACUGACGCCAACGGCAUCGUCAUCGGGGAGCAAAAGCACUGCAGCAGUGGCGACGAGCAGCGCAUCUGUGGAGAGUAAAGAGAAUGUACCUGUAGUGGAAGUGAAGAGGAAGCGCGGAAGGCCAAAGAAGAAUCCAACGAUUGAGAAACCUGCUGCACCAGCGGCAAAGAGUGCAACAACAACGAGCGGAUCACCAGAUUCUGGGAUUCUCUCCAUUACGCAGAGUCCAUCGCAUUCGCCGAGAACAGAGGCGAAACGCGGGCCUAGUGCAAGGAGUGCAGCGAGUGGGAGUGCGAGGAAAGUUGACUCUGUGCCAGUAGCCACGCGAAAGACGCCAGUUCCCACGACACCCACGAAGAUCAAUAUUUCCAGUCUGGACAAGAGCAUGUAUGCCACUGAGAGGGUGCUGUAUCCACCGCGUGGGCGACGUCGCGGUCCUGGGAGGCCGCCGACAAAGUCCAAGGAGGCCAAAAAGGAGGAGACAGUGGAUCCGAUGUGGCGCAAAAUUGACAUCAAUAAGAAAUUCAGGCGGCCCAGUGUGAGUGGGUACAAGAGUGAUGGUGGAACGGUGUGCAGUAAGGUUUUGGCAUCUCAGAGUGGCUACACAAGUGACUAUGGGGCCGUGAGGAGGCGUCGUCUGUCCGGCUAUCGAAGUGAUUACAGUACAAAGAGCAAGAAGAGUGGCUAUCGGAGUGAUUACAGUGUGAAGGCAAAGAGUUGUGGUUACAGGAGUGACUGCAGUAUUCGGCAUAGGAAGAAGGUGAGGCGAAAACGUCGCACGAAGACCAACAGUCAGAAGUCAGCGGUGACAGAGCAGGACAUUCUGCAGCUGGCGGGACUUAGUCUUGGGCAGUCCAGUGAGGAGAAUAGCGUGGAGGCGGUGACGCCAGUGGCCAAGACCAGUGAGAAUCUCUUUUCCACGUCCACAUUCAACGGGGCUUUCAGCGCUAUGGCGCGAUCACUGAAAGUGGGUCAGAAUCAUUCCCUCUUCUCGCAGGCGAGUAACUCAAAAAUGUCCUUGAAGGAUGUUGCUAAUCGAAAGAGUGUGGCAUUGGACGGUGCCUUUGGUGGCAAGAGCAAGUCACUAUCGACAUUCGGGUCGAUUUCGGCUGGAAAAUCAAAAGGAGCCGCCAAGAGACUCGAUGACAGUGUCUGCUCCUUCGGCAGCCUCUUGCAGCAGUCCGGACAGAAGGGAAAAGAGGUGGCGUGUUUGAAAUCUCCGGCCAGAGCUGCUGCCAUUAGAUCAAGACGAUCUUCGGCAGUGAGUCGAUGCAGCAGUCGAUCAACCAUGUCGCGACAUCAUCUUAGGCGACGUCGCAGGAAGCGCCUGAGGUCGCGGAAUGAGAGUGUAGCUAGUCGAGUGACUGACGCCAAGUUUCUGCAGGAGCUGGAUCAGUUGAUCGCCUCCUUCGGGGCGGCUUGCCAUAUCAGUGCGGAGAGGAGUGUAACGAAAGAAUCGGCGCCUAAGACAACUUCCAAACGGGCUACGAAGAAGCGGAAAGUGGCAGAAACUGCCGACUCGCCGUCAACGAGUGGCGGAGGCGGAAAGAGGAGGCACAAGAAGACGCAAUCAACCCAAAGUCCAGAUGAUCACAAGCUUCCGCUGAAGAAGAGACACUAUCUGCUGACGCCGGGUGAGAAGAGUGAUAGCAAGAUGAUGGCAGAAGAGGCAAAAGGUGAUCCCGGAAAGAUGCCACCCAGGGCGGUGACGCCGAAGAAGAGACAUCUGAUUGAGAAACAAGACCCACCGUCGAUAAUCACGGAUGAGAUAUCAUCGGCCAUAAAGUCAAGCAAUUCUCCUAUAACAAUUGACACAAAAACCACGGACUCCAGUGAAAUUAGUGUUGUGGAUUCGGGAGCCAAUCUCAGGAGUCGACGAUCGGACAUCAUGACGCGGAAGAAGAAUCGAUUGGAGGGCUUGGUGUCAAAGAUGCAAGCGUCUCCAUCGGGAGAGAGUCAGAGUGAGAAGAGUCACUCUGGUCGACCGUCUGUCAUCAGUAAAAUUUCUGCUUCAGGUCCACCUCCGGGUGUUUUUGAGCCAUCCAUUGAUUUGGAACUUCAAAUUCCUGUCUCUACCAUCAUUGUACCGAGCUUGGUGACCAAGACUGAGGCUCUGGACUCGCCUAGAGUGACAGAAUCCAUCGGAACGGUGGAUACAAAUGAGAGUUUGGCAAGGAGGACGGAGAAAGUUGUGGAGACACUACUCAGCAAGACAAGAAGGCCACUGACGAAGAGAAAACGGCGAAAGACGAUAAAUAGAACGGGAUUUCCGAGUGUGAAGAAGAAGAAAAAGAUCACACGUGACAAUACGCUAGAAGUGCCCUGGAAUGAUGGCCUAAAAGAGACUCAGGUAUCGCCUAAAGUUCAUCCCUUGACAGUUGAGAAUGUAAAGAAGAUCGCGGAGAAUUGCGAUCGUGUGCCGAAGGUGGGAGAAACGGCGGAUAUUUUUAUGGAGAGAAACAACCGUCCGAGAUUGUCAGUGGUGAGCUUGGAGAGGCUUCAAGGAAAGAUUCCCGAAGAGUCCUCAAGUCGCAUGGUGAUUAAUCCCUUUGGUGUGGACAGGAAGACUCGAAAGAGUAUAGCAAAUGGAGAGAUUCCGGAUUUGGGAAAGCGUCAGCUGAGAACAAGACAUCGCGAUGAGUCAAGUGAACAGAAGAAGAGGGAUCGUGACAGUUCUCAGGAGAGUCCAACUGUUUCCACCAUUGCGAAGAAGUUCAAGGAAGAGGAGACUUCAAAGCAACGCGAUCAGUCGUCUGACAAUGAACCUCUGAUUAAUCUUGUGAAGCCCAAUGAGAGAAAGCGACCGCGCAGAAAGGGUGUAAGUGCUCUCAUUGACAAUCUCACGCCCAAUGAAUUACUGCCGGAAUCCGCGAAGAGGACACGAUUGCAGAGUGAGAUUGAGAAGAAGAACAAAUUGGAGGCGGAAAUGCAGCCGGUGGUUAAGUUGGAGUCAAUGGAUGGAAGCAGUGGAAUUAUCCUGGGUAAGAGAACCACCUCAAGAUCAUCAUCAGUUGCUCUAUUUCCAUCUUCGAGUCCUGUUGAGCGAUCGCCACGACCAAAAUCUAGGAUGGAAGUGAAAUUGAGUCCUUUGGCAAUAUCCAGGGAGGCGUCGAAAGACAAUGGUAAAGUGGCUACGAAGGAAAUGUCUCUGAAAGUGUCACUGAAGAUUCCAGAACCUCGCAAGGAGCUUCCAAAAGUGGUAUCAAAGGAAACUGAGAGAACCACGAGGAAUAGGACAGCUAAUACAGUUGCCAAGCCGGCGCUUGAGAGCAAGGAGAAGGAAAAGGUGGUGGAGAAGGAGAAACCAAAGGAGAAGCUCAAGGAGGCUGAGAAGGAAAAGAGUUCUGUGAAGACGCGUGCGAAGGAUAAGAGUGUGGAGAGGAAGCCUGUGGAUCUCGAUGAAAUGAGUCUGGAAAAGAGGCAACAAGUGGCCAAGUCACCCAAGAAGAUUGAGAAGUAUAAGGAUGCCAAAGCUCACGAAUCUCCAGUCAAGAUGAAGUCUCCUGAUGUGAAACCUUCAGUCAAUACUCAAUCAUCACCUCAGUUGAUGGAGGAAUUGGAGCAAGAGCCUUUGCCCAUAAGCGAAGGGCCGUCUAGAGUGCCUCCACGGGAAGAUUCGCCGGUGAGUGUGGCCAGUGAGAAGAGUGGAAGGAAGUUUUCACGCUGGAAGAAGAAGUAUCUCAAUGCUGGUCUGCUCUCGGACACAUUCAAGGAGGAGGAAGGAAAGAAGCACAGUCGAUCAGAGGAAGGACCUUCUCAGAUAUUGCUACCUCCUCCGCCGUAUUGUGAGCGAUUCUUCCGCAAGACCCAGAGGGAUUUCCUUCUGCCCUAUGAUCUCUGGUGGGCGCAUGAGAAUCAGAAGUUGCCUGGGAGAAAUAGCGUUCCAAGUUGGAACUACAAGAAGAUCCGCACAAAUGUUUACAUUGACGUGAAAGCGAAUCCCAGGACGGAUCAGCCUUCGUGCAGUUGCAAUCCUAGCACGGGAUGCGGUGAGGAUUGUCUGAAUCGAGUGGUUUACACAGAAUGCAACUCGGAAUCUUGUCCGUGUGGCGACAAGUGUCAGAAUACGAAGAUUCAGAAGCAUGAGUACUCACCUGGAUUGGAGAGAUACAUGACGGCGAACAAGGGAUGGGGCGUCCGGACGCGACUGCCCAUCAAGAAGGGGAACUUCAUACUCGAGUAUGUGGGUGAAGUGGUCACAGAGCGGGAGUUCAAGGAGCGAAUGGCUACACUCUAUGUCCGCGACACUCACCACUACUGUCUGCAUUUGGAUGGGGGACUGGUGAUUGAUGGACACCGCAUGGGCAGUGAUGGGCGUUUUGUUAACCACUCGUGCGCCCCGAAUUGCGAAAUGCAGAAAUGGAGUGUGAAUGGACUGCCCAGGAUGGUGCUGUUUGCCGCCAGGGACAUCAAGGCGGGCGAAGAGUUGACCUAUGAUUACAACUUUGCCCUGUACAAUCCCACUGAGGGUCAACCGUGUCUCUGUGAGUCCUCAUCAUGUCGUGGAGUGAUUGGUGGGAAGUCUCAGAGAGUGAAACCGCCGCCAGUGGAUCAGCAGAGUGGAAACCAUCAGAAGGCGAGUAAUGGUGAUGAUGCUGCUUCCAGGGGAAGAUCACGAAAGAGGACGGCGAAGAAGAAUCUUGUGCAGAACACUGGUAAAGAUCGGUCAGGAACGCCUCUGUUCCAGGUGCCAUCCAACAAGGAGUUGAUCAUCAUUAAGGAGAGCCACUGUUUCCUCAUGAGGAAUCUCGGGAAGAUUCGUCGAUUGAAGGAGCGUUUGACACAGCAGCCUCAGGCACCAGUUCCCUCACCAGUAACUCUCCUCACGAGAAUUACAGAAUUGCGUGCGCCGAGGAACAUCCGGACUAGGGGACUCACGGUGGGCGAUCAUGAUCCUCAGAUUGACAAGAUGGCGAAGAUGGCAGCGAUCUUCAAGGAUCUCUGUCGGGAUAUUUGUAGCUUUAAGGAGAGUGGACCGCACUAUGCCAUCAACAAGCUGGCGCUGCCGGCUAAGAAGAAACUACCGCAGUAUUAUGAGGUAGUGACGAAGCCCAUCGAUAUGGCGCAGAUUGAGGCGAAUGUGGAGCGAGGAGUGUACAAGAAUCCCGCAAUGUUCGAUGAGGAUGUGCAGAGACUAUUCAAGAAUGCCAUACAAUUCUAUCCAGCGACGUCAGAUGAGAUGAAAAUAGCUCAGAAUCUUCUUACGCUGUUCACGAACAAGAAGCAGUUGGUCUAUCCGCAAUUGUUGGAGAUUGUUGACGACAAGGAAACACUCAAGGGCUUCCAGAGGUCGAAAGUGAAUGAGUUGGUGCUGAAGGCGGAGCCCAAUGAGGAUGUCAUUCAGUGCAUUUGUGGCUUGUUUAAGGACGAAGGACUGAUGAUUCAGUGCUCAGACUGUCAAGUGUGGCAACACACGGAGUGCACGAAGGCGGACACGGAAGCUGAGAGUUAUCGGUGUGAAAAGUGUGAUCCCAGGCCAGUGAAUCUGGAAAUUCCGCUGGAGGAGUUCACAGAUGAGGGCUACAGAUACUACUUGUCGCUACUGCGAGGUGAUCUGCACAUACGGCAGACUGACACUGUGUACGUUCUCAGAGAUAUUCCAAUGGAUCCCGAUCCCAAGAAUUCCAACAGUCAAGCGCCGCGGAAGCACACGUACGAGACAAUUGGAGACAUUGACUACUCAGAGUGUGACAUCUUUCGCGUGGAGAGACUGUGGAAGGACAACAACGGGAAGCGUUUCGUCUUUGGCCAUCACUACUUGCGACCGCAUGAGACUUACCAUGAGCCCUCGAGGAAGUUCUAUCCCAACGAAGUGGUCCGCGUGCCGCUGUACGAAGUGGUGCCAAUUGAACUGAUCAUGGCCAGGUGUUGGGUGCUGGAUGUGAACACCUACUGCAAGGGACGACCCGUGGACAGCGAGGAGGAUCACAUUUACAUCUGCGAACUGAGGGUGGACAAGGGAGCUCGCUUCUUCUCCAAGGUUUCCAAGCAGGCCAAUCCGGUGUGCACCAAGAGCUACGCCUUCCGCAAGUACGAGCAGCGGCUGAAGAUCUCACGAACAUAUGCGCCUCAUGAUUUAGGUCCGAUGCCACCCAAGCAGAAGAAGCGCAAGGAAGAAAUACCCAUUGCUUCGAGAAAGAAUUCCACAUCAAUCAUUCAAUUAAUGCCACCUCCGCCAAAAACUUUGCAUGAGAAGAGGAGCCGCCUGGAAGAGACUCUCACGCGCCUAAUGAACCGCCUGAAGAGCACAAAGCCAGAAAGUCUGCCGGCCAUGGACUUGUCCUAUUUGUUAACGGGCAGAGGAGCUCGACAGCGUCGCGCCAAUGCCACGAGUGUGCCUGUUUAAUCCAGCAUUUGGGUGGAUUUAUUGUAGUAUUUUU